ACCAGGAGCUCCAAACACGCAGGCCCAAAUGGGGACAGGAGAUGGAUUUUGAUAAAAGAGGUGAAAUAACAGGUUUUUCCAUUUUACCUUAUAGGAGCGGGAUGGGGGGUGGGGGUGCUGGGCCUCCAGCCAAUAGAGGACCAAGAGUUGUCAGGAGGGCUUAGAAAGCUUGCUAUUUCUGGCAUUUUUUCUCUUUCUCUGCUGAUUAUGCAGCAGAAUCGCACAGAGGCUGUCGCGGGCGCGUUCUCUCGCUGCCUGGGCUUCUGUGGAAUGAGACUCGGGCUCCUUCUAUUGCGAGACACUGGUGCAUUGCAGGUGUGUUUCCAAGAAGUUUGAUGGUGACAGUGCCUACGUGGGGAUGAGUGACGGAAACCCAGAGCUCCUGUCAACCAGCCAGAACUAUAACGGCCAGAGCGAGAACCACGAAGACUAUGAGAUCCCCCCGAUAACACCUCCCAACCUCCCCGAGCCGGCCCUCCUGCACCUGGGGGACCACGAAGCCAGCUACCACUCGCUGUGCCACGGCCUGCCCCCCAACGGUCUGCUCCCCGCCUACUCCUACCAAGCCAUGGACCUCCCUGCCAUCAUGGUGUCCAACAUGCUGGCGCAGGACAGCCACCUGCUGUCGGGCCAGCUGCCCACGAUCCAGGAGAUGGUCCACUCGGAGGUAGCUGCGUAUGACUCGGGCCGGCCCGGGCCCCUGUUGGGCCGUCCAGCGAUGCUGGCCAGCCACAUGAGCGCCCUCAGCCAGUCCCAGCUCAUCUCUCAGAUGGGCAUCCGGAGCGGCAUCGCCCACAGCUCCCCGUCGCCCCCGGGCAGCAAGUCAGCCACCCCCUCGCCCUCCAGUUCAACUCAGGAGGAGGAGUCAGAAGCCCAUUUCAAGAUAUCGGGAGACAAGAGACCCGCCGCGGACGCGGGGCGGAAGGCCAAGAACCCCAAGAAGAAGAAAAAGAAGGACCCCAACGAGCCGCAGAAACCCGUGUCUGCCUACGCACUCUUCUUCAGAGACACCCAAGCUGCCAUCAAGGGGCAGAACCCCAGCGCCACCUUUGGGGACGUGUCCAAAAUCGUGGCCUCCAUGUGGGACGGCUUGGGAGAGGAACAGAAGCAGAGCUCCCCGGACCAAGGGGAGACCAAGAGCACCCAGGCCAACCCGCCAGCCAAGAUGCUCCCACCCAAGCAGCCCAUGUAUGCCAUGCCAGGCCUGGCCUCCUUCCUGACGCCGUCGGACCUGCAGGCCUUUCGCAGCGGGGCCUCUCCCGCCAGCCUCGCCCGGACCCUGGGCUCUAAGUCGCUGCUCCCAGGCCUCAGCGCAUCCUCACCACCGCCACCCUCCUUCCCACUCAGCCCCACACUGCACCAGCAGCUGCCACUGCCCCCCCACACCCAGGGCGCCCUCCUCAGUCCCCCUGUCAGUAUGUCGCCAGCCCCCCAGCCCUCCGUCCUGCCCGCCCCCAUGGCACUCCAGGUGCAACUGGCGAUGAGCCCCUCGCCUCCAGGACCCCAGGACUUCCCGCAUAUCUCCGAGUUCCCCAGCAGCUCGGGGUCCCGCUCACCUGGCUCAUCCAACCCCACGAGCAGCGGAGACUGGGACAGCAGCUAUCCCAGCGGGGAGUGUGGCAUCAACACUUGCAGCCUGCUCCCCAGAGAUAAAUCGCUCUACCUCACCUAAGCCUGCCUCGCCUCCCCUCCCCUCCCUGAGGCUCGCUGGAAGGGCUGACAGCAGAAAAGAGGCCUUGGCCGGAGGCAGGGUGGCUGAUCUCAGAGAGCAGUGACACACCCAUGUCCUGGGGCUGAGUCUCUUCCUCGACCUCCCACCAGACUCUGCAGGGGCAGCCCACCGCCCGCCGCCAGCCCAAAGAACCUGCAGGAACCUUCUGCCCGCUGACUUGCUUGCUCCAGGGUGACUGGACCCUGCUCCUUGCCCUGCGCACAGUUCCCUGUGUCUGGACGUCUGGCCCCAGCCCCAGCUCCCGUGGGCUGCCCCGGUGGGGUAGCUUACCAACAGACACCCACCCCAGAUGCAUGGGCCAGGGCGCCGGCCCCGCCGUAGACGUGCACAUCGGUUUUCCAGUGUGAACAAAAGCGUAUGACCUAUGAACUGUUGGCUCCGUGUAAGUAGUUGACUAAGUGUUCUAGAACUGUGCUGAAGACAUCUGUAAGAUUAUUUUGUGGGGGACAAAAGUAGUUUCCUUUAAGGUAAAAAGGAUUUUAUAUGACCCUUAGCACAUGUUUUUUUAAGUUUUCUCUUAAGGGAGACAUGCACAAAAGCAGCUGCCAAACCAUUUCAUUGCGCGCACAGCCACAGCCGGACAGUGUGUGGCCACCUCGGAGGACUGCUCUUUUCAUUAAACCGUCUAUCCAUCUAUUUAAGAUUGCCCAUGGCAUCAUCUGUCUAUUGACGAAGAAGCCUUGAGAACAAAGCUGCAGCUUACCCUAACAUGUGCGUGGUCUCGGGGUUUGGUUUGGGUUUUGGUUCUUGACGUUGUUUGCGGCUGUUUCCUGGCCCCGGCAAGUGUCUGUCUCAGUGCCCAGUGCUUCUCUCCGAUCUCUUUAUAAUAAAACUGCUGAAAAGUUGAAAACAA